UCCUUCCCCAGUAAUCGAUGCUCCGCAGCACUCUGUAGAAAAUGGCCACUCCCUAUAGGCGCACAACACCUGUGUUCACCGUCAGCAUGGACCUCACACAGAAUCCAGGAUAAUUUAUUGACUUGUUCACACUGAACGAGUUUUGGAUGCAUACUGUUGACUCAUAGAUUUCUUCCCAGGUGCCAUUUUAUCAGUGAAUCUACAGCUGCCUUCACCUGAUCUGGCAAAACAAUUCAGUCCACUGAAGCUGGAUGCCUGCGUUUUUCAAGAAUGGGAUUGGUUCAGAGGACAAGGAGUUUUUUUAAAUUUGUGCUGUGCUUACCUGUUGCGCUGUUCGUCUUCUACUUCACAUCUCCGUCUUUCAGACUUUUAAUAGGCCUCCUUCCUAUGGACAAAUGCUCUUUGCAAAGUGGAAAGGGUCUGAUUCUGGACAACGGUCUAGAUGCCAGUCUUGACAUGAUGUCCAGACGUGACGUGCAAACAUGCACAUCUUGGAAAGCUCCCAUCAUAUGGGAGGGGAUGUUUGAACCUGAUCUUUAUGACCAAAUGCACAAGAGGGAAGGAUCCUCUGUGGCUUUAACUGUGUUUGCUGUAGGAAGGUACCUGGACGCUUACCUCAAGACCUUCCUGAGCUCCUCAGAACAUCACUUUAUGGUGGGUUUGCCGGUGACAUAUUAUAUAUUUACAGACGAGCCAAAAAAGGUGCCAGACAUCAAGCUUGCUGCUCAGCGAAGCCUGAAGGUGAUCGAAGUGAAGAGGCACUCUAGGUGGCAGGACAUCUCCAUGAUGCGAAUGAAGACCAUAUCAGAUGUCAUAGAGUCGGAUAUUCGCCAUAACUUCACGCACGUCUUCUGCUUUGAUGUGGAUCAGGUGUUUACCGGGAGAUUUGGCUCAGAGGCUCUGGGCGAUUCUGUGGCUCUCCUCCAUGCCUACUACUACCACCUUCCAAAGAGGUUUUAUACCUAUGACCGCAACCCGAAGUCCAAAGCAUACAUGGAAACCGGGGAUUUCUACUACCACGCUGCCGUCUUUGGAGGUUCAUGGAAAAGUGUAAAAGCGUUGGCUGACGCCUGCUACCAGAGCAUCAUGGAGGAUAAACAGAAUAAUGUGGAGGCUUUGUGGCAUGAUGAGAGUCAUCUAAACAAGUACCUAUUGCUUCACAAACCAAGCAGAGUGCUCUCCCCUGAGUACUGCUGGGACAACAGUAUCGGCUACAGGGCUGACAUACGAGUCACCCGACUAGUGUGGGCACCGAAACAUUAUGAUAAACUACGCAUACCCUAGCGUGUUUUGAAUAUGGUGGUUGUUUUAAUUUGCACAACUGCAAAUGUGAAUUUCCUGUUGGAGUGACUGCCUGCCCUUUCAAUGAGUCUUCUGGUUUUUUUUUUUGGUUUUUUUUUAGGGCCAGGUAAACCUAUGCAAGCACUGCCUUUGCAUCAUCAUCAGUGUACACCGAUCAGCUAUAACACUAAAACCAGAUGUCAGUUUUAAUGCAGCUUCUGCAGUUAGCAAUCACUGCAGGUAGUGAAAUAGACACUGAAAAGCACAGCUUUCAAACUAAUGUAUUUCAGUUGGAAACGUAUUGGAAGGAAUGAAGCUCUGCAUUCAUUAACAGCUGUGGAGUCACGAGGAGGUGGUUGGGGGUAGAUGUUGGGCGUACAGACAGGGUGACAGCCACACCAGAGACCAAAGUUUGUAUCCAGAGUCCCCAUGCGUGGGUAGGUUUAGACAACAAAAGCUCUUUGGUUAAGCUUAGUGAAAGACCAUAGUUUUUGUUCAGUUGAAAUAAACACGUUGUGUCUGAAGUCUAAACCUAUGUCUCGGGUGACCAGUGAAUGUGUACCACGUAUGUGUUGAAACAAAAUAUUUAGAGGAAAUGAUCAAGUGGUAAAAAAGCAGUUCCUGCUUGUCAAGUAGACAUAUUUUAGAUCUAAAGAUAAAUUAUUUUAAGAAUAUGAGAACAAUGCGGUUUGGCUGUGAACUGGAAUCUAGUACAGAAAAUCUUGUUGGUCUGUUCAUUUGUGUGUUGUAAAAUGUUUUUGUUGCAUUUCAUCAGUGAUUACUUUUUGAUUACUCUUUGCUACUCUGGAAAACAAUUAGCUGUUCUUUGUGUGUGUAACAAAGGUACUGAUGUGAAAAACAUAUCUCUGUAGUGGCUUCUUUUGUUUCUGAAUGACUACGUGCAAGAUAUACAGAAUUUUAUAAUGUUUUAUGAGCUUGUUUGUGAAGAUGACAGCUUGAAAGGUUAAACCACUUUUGUUGUCGAUUGACUAGGAGAACCUGCCAGGAUCCGCUGUCCCAGUGUCAUUUCCACAUUCAUGUGUUUUGAACUCCAGAGAACUAGUGAAAUGAGAGAUGCUGUGUAAUACACACAGUAAAGCCCUGAAACAUGUAAAAUUGUAAAAUAUUAACUGUAAAAUCUCGGAUUCAAGGUACAAUUGGUUGUGUUGACAAAUCUUUAGAGCUUGAUCAACACUGAAAAGUUUAAUAUUUGUUUACUUUGCAUUUUGCACAUACAAUGAUGAUGACUGCCCUGGCCACUGAACAUUAUAAACUGAUAGAUACUCUAUUCAUCCCCUAGUGGAAAUUCACAAGAGUGAUAUUUGGCGCUGCUGUGAGUGGCAGCCUUUCCAGCAGCUCUGUGUUUUUUUUUUUUUGCUGUUUUGUGCUUUUUUUGUUGUGGAUUCUUAUUAAUUACUGAAUGUUUUUUUUUUCUUAUAGUGUCCAUAUUAUUUUCAAAAUUUUACUUAGCAGGUUUUGUUCAUUCCUGUAUUUUUUAUUCAUUUCUAAACAGCACUGAUUAACUUUCACUCAGGAGAGAUCCUAAAUUCAGUUGAUGUUCAUAAUGUUGAUAACUGCGUGUACAAAUGCCGUGUUUUCUAACUGUAACCUCACUUUUCAAGCAGAUGUAUUGGUAACAUUCUUGUAAGCUACAUUUUUGGCAAGUUGAGACACGUUUACACCUGCAAAUGAUGGUAACACUUGUCUCACUGAGCAAAUCUGUAUUUGUAUUAACAUGGGUGGGGAUAAAUAUUGAUAGUAUAAUCCAUCAAGUGAAUUAAAUAAAUGUAUUUCACUAAAAUUUAUUUAGAGAACAGUAAUUUUGAUACAAUUUUGAAUGUAAUUCAAAACCAGAUAUAUUUUUAUAAACAUGAGAACUAAGGUGAUCUGAAGUAUUACUGAAAUCCAGCUGCCCCUCCUCAAACAUCUUGCUAAGGAUAAUACUUUAUCUAUAUACUAUAUACUUUUAUUCCCUAGAUUUAAAAUUGAUUUAUUAGACAGUUGCCAUAAUCAAAUGUACAUUUGUAAACUCUUUCAAGGUGAAAUACAUUUCUAA